CGGAAGUGCCACGGCUAGCUGCCGAGGCAACUGUUCAGGCUCGCCGUCUUAUGACUCGGAUCUGAAAGCGGACGGGGAGACUUCCAAAUGGCGUUAUUUUGAUCACAGCCGCUCUACGGACGAUCUCUGUCAGUGUGACCAACCUUGAGAAGAAGCGAGUAUCCCAACACCAUGGCUGCGGCUGCUACACCUGGCAAUGGCGGUCUAAGGGAGGACCUAACAUGUGUCAUAUGCCAUGAUCUUUUCCAAGAGCCUGUGAUGUUAGCCUGUAUGCACCACUUCUGCAAAUCCUGCAUCUCUAGAUACUGGAGAGGUGUCCAGGGACCUGUGACAUGCCCGCAGUGCCGCAAAGGAUUCCCUACAAAACAAUUUCAUAUCAAUUACCUUGUGACCACCUUGGUGGAGAAGGUUAGGGCCAUUACCUCUGACACUGGCUUAAAGAAUGUAGAGAUACAAAUAAAAGAGUCUUUGGAGAGCCAUCGCCAAAGAAGGGAGGAGUUCAUCAACAUUAUCUGCAGAGAUGAAGAGAAGAUGGAUGCCAUAAAGAGAGUUGGGGGCGAGCUGCAAGCUCGCAUCCAGGGUGAGUUCAGGGCUCUGCAGCAGUUCCUGCAAGAAGAAGAGGCUCGUGUGCUGGCCCAGCAGAAGAGAGCGCAGGAGGAGAUGCUGGAGAAGCUCCAGCGUCACCAUGAGGCCUGCAGAGAAGCUGUGAAGGAGCUAGAGCAGAAUACAAGAGUCCUCCAGCAGACCAUUGAUGCUACUGAUAACGGUGUAAUAGCUGAGUUUCCCCAGCUAAGGCCUUGUGUACAAGUUGAUAUGGUGCCGGAGUUUGAUGUAAAUGCUUUCAAAGCCAAAUACAUUGCCCCAUUACAUUACAUCACAUGGAGAAAGAUGUUCAAGAGUUUGAAGCCAGGUCCGGCCCCAUUAACCUUUGAUGUUGAUACAGCCCAUCCAAGCAUUUUUGUCUCUGGGGACAAAACCGUAGCAGUCGAAUAUGAUUGUAUGGUCUCAUAUGAGCAUCACCCCAAGCGCUUCCUUCACUGUGUCAACAUCUUGGCUGCCCAGAGCUUCCAGUCAGGCCGACACUACUGGGAGGUUGGCGUAGGCUCCAAACCCAAGUGGGACCUGGGUGUUGCAGCUGAGGGGGUGGACAGGUAUGCCCAUAUAUUGCUAAGCCCAGAGAAAGGCUACUGGACCCUACGACUGCGUAAAGGGAAUGAGUAUUCAGCAGGCACCCAGCCCUGGACCAGGCUAAAGCUCAUCUCUACCCCCAAGAGGAUUGGGAUCUUCCUGGACUGCGAGGAGGGGAUGGUGUCUUUCUACAACGGUGACGAUAUGAGUUUGAUAUACUCUUUCACCAAUGGGCCUAGGGGCAAGGUUUUCCCCUUCUUCAGCCCCUGUAUAAGUGAAAAUGUUCAGAGGCAUCCUAUUCAGCUUCUCCACUAUCCUCCUGUUGCUUUAUCUGUCUGAGACAGGUGCAGCCGAUAAAAAGAGUCAAUAAUCUCUUUACUUCAUGAUGAAAUAUUAAUUGACCAAGGUGUGAAAACAAUAUCUCUCCUGUUGGUAUUCAACCAUAUUAAUGACUGACAGUGCUCUUUGGUAUGCUUUUGUUCUCCCUAUGUUUUUUUUUCCUUCUUUUUAGUAAUUUGACACUGCCAAAUAUAUCUGAAAUGAGUGCUUUGAAAACCCAAGACAAUUGCAAUAUUUAAUGAAAAUGCAAUGCUUGGCCAAUUAUUUUCUGUAAUGUUUCUAAAUUUUGCUGUGAUUAGAGCACUUUGUGGUUGCUCAUCUGCUUUUGAAUAAUUUUCAUAUUGUAAAGGAAUACAUAGGGAUGCAAAAGCAGUAUAUUCUGUUAAUUUGUUACUUUUGAAUAUUUUGGAAACUGAAUGACAGUAUUUGGUUGUAGCAAAAUUGAUACCUAUAUAUACAAAAAUAAAUGAUGCACGUAAUGCCAAACAGCUUCUCAAAUCUUGAUUGUAAGGAGGUAACCAUGACAACAGAAUGACUUUAAGUGGGUAUUCUUUUCAAAAGUUAUUAUGCCACUUUUUAAGAUAAUUACAUGGAGCUUUUUUUUUUUUACUAGCAUUUGCACACUUUAAUCAGCAUGAGGAAAUUAUUCCUAUGAUCUGAACUUUUUUUCUAAUAAUGAAGGAUUCCAAAGUGUUGGACAUUACAGUGUAUGAGACCAUCUUUUUCUUGUCAUUUAGGACACUGCAUCAUAGUGACAAUACUAGAUUUGGUUGACUAUUGUGCCUUUCAUAUAUGCAUACAUUUAGCGGUUAAUAUCUGAAUGUAAACUGAUUUUAUUCAUUAAAUCCAUUUUAGAGUACUGACAUUGCAAAUGAUUUCUAUAGUGCUUUGUAUUUUGAAAAUCAACUAUGCCAGUUUAAAACCAACUUUUUGUUGUUUCAUGAAAGAAAAAAUGUUAAAUCAUGCUGAUGGAUGUAGCAAACUUGAAAUUACUUUUGCUUUUCCCAAAUAAAUUUUAAUAAUUUC